UAAUUGUCAUUUUUCCCUACACGUGCCACAAUUGCUAGCGGUUCGGAAUUAUUUUUGAUUGUGAUAUUCUUUAUGUAAAAAUUUAAAAAUGGCAAAAAAACAGAUUAAAAGGAAAGCUCCCGAUGUUAUUGAACAAAAGAAACUUAAAGAUGUUGAACCGGAAUCGGUAAUUGAAGAUGAUGAGGACUUACAAGAGAAUUUGUUACAGAAAAUUUCAAAUGAAAAUUUGGAUAGUACAGAUGAUGAAGGAGUGAAUGGGUCUUACAAAUCCGAUGAUAGCGAUGAAUUGGAAUUUGAAAGUGACGAAGAAGGUAAUUAUGCAUCUAAAUGGGAUGCUGAAGUUGCGUCUGAAAACAGCGACUUAGAAGAAGCAAACGAGGAGGAAGAUGAAAUAAACGAAUCAGAUAUAGAAGAUAUAUCUGAAGAAGAUGAUGAUGAGGAGUCGUUUGAAAGCGACGAGGAUUCUGAUAAGGAACAUUUGAAGGUAGGCAAGGCGAAGGUUUUGAGCAAGAAAAACAAACCAGAUAGAGGUACUGAGAAAAAGUCCUUAGAACCUAGCACAUCUAAGACUGCGAAAAAGUUACUUGAAGUGCAAAAUGGAAAAGCAAACCAAGCGCUCAGUAAUUUCCAUGCGGAAAUCAAAGGGCCGGUCGUUGCCUCUGGCGCCCAAGAAAAAAAGGCGGAAUACGAGGAUUCGGAUACCUCUGAUGAAGAGGAUAUACGUAACACAAUUGGUAAUAUUCCAAUGCAAUGGUACGAUGAAUACAAACAUAUUGGUUAUGAUUGGGAUGCCAAGAAAAUAAUCAAAGCACCUAAAGGAGAUCAAAUCGAUGACUUUUUGCGUAAAAUUGAAGAUCCGGACUUCUGGCGUAGUGUAAAGGACCCACAAACUGGACAAGAAGUUGUACUUACAGAUGCCGAUAUUGAACUUAUCAAACGCAUCAAUUCUUCACGCGUUCCUAAUCCAGAACAUAAUGAAUACGAACCAUGGAUAGAAUGGUUCACAUCCGAGGUGGAACGGAUGCCUAUCAAAAAUGUUCCCGAUCACAAACGUUCUUUUCUCCCAUCCUCGUCUGAACGCAAGAAGGUGUCGCGUAUGGUACACGCUCUUAAAAUGGGUUGGAUGAAAACUACAGAGGAGGUGGAGCGUGAGAAGAAAGCCGCUCGCGGACCGAAAUUCUAUAUGCUAUGGGAAACCGACACCGGUCGAGAACAAAUGCGCCGCAUCCAUGAUCCAGUGUCGGCUCCGAAGCGUGAUUUACCCGGUCAUGCUGAGUCGUAUAAUCCACCACCAGAAUAUCUGUUUGAUGAAAAAGAAGAGAAGGAAUGGCUGAAGUUGAAGGAUGAACCGCAUAAGCGCAAAUUACAUUUCAUGCCACAGAAGUAUAAGUCAUUACGUGAAGUGCCUGCUUAUCCACGUUACGUACGUGAACGUUUCAUGCGUUGCCUGGAUCUGUAUUUGUGCCCACGAGCGAGGCGCACAAAGUUAAAUAUCGAUGCGGAAUACUUAAUACCGAAACUGCCUUCACCGAAAGAUUUACAACCAUUCCCAACAGUGGAAAGUUUGGUGUAUCGCGGGCACACCGACCUGGUGCGUACAAUCAGCGUUGAACCGAAGGGCGAAUAUGUUGUUUCCGGUUCGGAUGACAAAACCGUCAAAAUAUGGGAAAUCGCUACUGGACGUUGUAUACGUACAAUCGAGACUGACGACGUUGUGCGUUGUGUUGCUUGGUGUCCGAAUGCCAAAUUGUCCAUUAUUGCUGUGGCUGCCGGUAAUCGAUUGCUUUUGAUUAAUCCUAAGGUCGGCGAUAAAAUGCUUGUAAAGAAGACAGACGAUUUGUUAGCUGAAGCGCCACAAAUAGAUACAAUGGAAAGUGAGCGCAUUAAAACGGCUGUGCAAUGGUCUGUUGCCGAAAAGGAGGAACAAGAAAAAGGUGUGCGCCUGGUUAUUACACAUUUCAAGCCCAUUCAGCAAGUGACAUGGCAUGGACGCGGUGAUUAUGUCGCUACCGUUAUGCCUGAAGGUGCUAAUCGUUCUGCGCUCAUUCACCAGCUAUCGAAGCGACGCUCACAGAUACCAUUCUCAAAGAGUAAAGGCCUUAUACAAUGUGUGCUUUUCCAUCCCAUCAAACCAUGCUUAUUUGUGGCGACUCAGCAUAAUGUGCGAAUCUAUGAUUUAGUUAAACAAGAACUAAUAAAGAAAUUGUUGACGAACUCAAAAUGGAUUUCGGGCAUGGCUAUACAUCCAAAAGGCGACAAUUUACUCGUUUCUACAUAUGAUAAGAAGAUGCUUUGGUUUGAUUUGGAUCUGUCGACGAAACCAUAUCAGACACUGCGUUUGCACAAGAAUGCGGUGCGCAAUGUUGCUUUUCAUUUGCGGUAUCCACUUUUUGCUUCAGCCAGUGACGAUCUAUCAGUGAUAGUUUCGCACGGUAUGGUUUACAAUGACUUGCUACAAAACCCCUUGAUAGUGCCAGUAAAGAAGCUGCAGACGCAUGAACCACGCGAAGAAUUCGGUGUACUCGAUGUAGUUUGGCAUCCAGUGCAGCCGUGGGUCUUCUCGUCAGGCGCAGAUGCUACAAUUAGACUUUAUACGUAGUUUAAUUUUUUAUUUUAUUUACCCUUGAAUUACUUGUCUAUUUUAUAAACACAACAACGCUGAAGUAGAAAAAGUAAAGUAAAAAUAUGUUAUGUUGUGAAGACAUAAAAUAUAAUA